GCAUAGGGCCUUGCACAACAGUAGGCAUUUAAUAAAUUAAUUGAAUUGACUUUUGAUAUGAAUACUUAAAACUGACUGCAUUAUGGGCUAACAUCGUAGAGAAGCUGUUCCCCAAGCCUUCUUCCAUUUACAAAAGCCACUCAAAAUGCCCUCCUCCAGGAGUGGUAAACAGGGGCUCUUGAGGUCAGGCCAGGAAAAACUGCCCUUCUCUCCAAAGCAGGACUCUGGCUGGGGCUCCCUUCAUCUCCACAUCUGAGGGAUGUGCAGCGAGCCCCUUUCCUGCUGAAGGCGCUAACGACCCCACACUCUGUCAGGACGGGAGGCUUGGUGGUUCAGAAAAUAAUGGUGAUGGCAGAAAGAAAGGUGACUGGAUCCCAACCAGGUGGCCCUCCUAACAGCACCCCCAGCAUGCACAUAGCCAAGCAGAGGGGAGCAUCUGGGGCCAAAGUCACCCAAAAGAAAGACAGUAUCUUACCUGUCCGAGAAAGGGGCUCGGAAAGCAGGCGGGAAACAAACGAGAGAGAGACACAUUUUAUGUAGUGACCGACCACUUUGGGAGUGUCACCUCCCGUCUCGGUCACCAGCAACAGCACACCAAGAGGAUACAGUAUGCAAGACAGGGGUCCUGCUGUGAGGAGUGUAACAGACCUGGAUGACCAGGUUCCCAUACGCUUUGUAAUAAACCAAAACAGAGCCGUAUUUUAAAAAUUCUACAAACAGGCGCUGAGGCAGCCUCCUGUAUUUCCCCCAAUAUUUUGAGGCCCCUUUACAUGAAGUAUAUCUGAAGUUCCUAGCUGGCACUGGGAGGAAUGGAAUGGGCCAAGGCAAGAUGAAAUUCUAACUUUUCUGGAUCAUGUGUGUAUCACUCAUUUUUUUGCUGUCUCGUUUCCAACACGUGAAUCCCUAGAUUUUAGACCAGAAAGAUGUUCACUCAUCCACUCCAACCGUCUAAAUUAACAAAAUGAGAAAAGCAGGUGGCAGAGAGGUCUGCCUAAUACCACACAGGGAGAUAACGGCAGAGCAGGGGUUAGAACUCACGUAGGCUGACUCCCAGACCCAUCAUCUUUCUCUACACCACGACGGCCAAGUGAAACUGCCAAUACCCUCAAAGUUGCCAAGGUACGUGGCGUCAAUUUACAUCCUAACACGUUCUAACGUUCCAAACCAGUCUAUGAAGGAGGUACAUGAGAUCUCAUUCUCCACACUGUCCUGCAAAUGUUUAAGUACUGUGAAUAAACACAGACAGGAAGACAACUCUGGAAUCUCAUAUGCACAUGCUAACUCACACUUGCUUCACACACUGCGAGGGGAGCCCACUGCUGAUUACGGGCUGGGCCAGACCUUUCCGACCCAGCACAAACAUACCCACCUUUAGAUCUAAAGCCCUGUAUGCAUCUAGUCAUGAUGAUCUAGAAUGGGGCACCUUCAAGCUCAUCUUUCAACCCUCUAGCAGGCUGGCCAUGACAAAAGUGAAGCAAAGAGAAGAGGCUACCUUGCCACUCUUGAGUACACAACCUUACUACCAAAUUGCUUAUAAUGAGCAAAAUGGUGUUGAGUAAGCCACCCAACUAUGUUUUAGUCAUUUGCUAAAAACAGACAGCACCAACCACUUAAAACAGUAUUUGGUCCCUAUUCCUAGGACGUACGUAUUGAAGUAUUUAGGCACAAAGGGGCAUUAUGUUCAUAAUUUACCUUCAAAUAUCUCAGAAAAAAAAUGUAUACACACAUAGAGGCAGAGAGGGAGGGAGGGAAUUGAUAAGGCAGAUGGAGGAAAAUGUUAACAAUAGGAAAAUCUGGAUACAGGGUACAUGAAUGUUCUCUGUACAAAUUUUAUUUUUGCAGCUUUUUAUAAGUUUGAAAUUAUUUCCGAAGAAAAAUGUAAAAAAUAUACCCCAAACCAAAAAAACGGAAACUAAGGUAAAACAACAAAAACAUCUGGUGACAGAGGUUAGGCAGAUGAAAAAAGCAAAGAGGUCAUUAAGAGAGGACAGAGGAUCCCAGAGCUAUGGGUGGUGACAGCAACGACAUGGAAAAGGGACACUAAACAACAGAGGGGGUGAAUAGACAACAUCGCUCUCAGGUCUCCACUACAUUCCUCCCUCUCUCUGGGUAUCCCCAAUCAGGACAGGCCACGGAAGAAUGACAAGUGAAAAACAUCUUUAAAAUUUUUGUAUCUUGCUUGCUACAGACCCCAUCCAUCUUUGAGAGGGAUAACCUCCCCUGGCGAGUAGAAUCAUGUGGUCCUCUUGUGAUGUCAACUGAGCUCAGAAUGUUUAUUGCCUAGACAACCCAACCAGCCUCUUGGGAGCAGGUGUGUGUGAUCUCCAUACACUUCAGUAGUCAGAAUAUGGAGAACUUCUCACUCCUCAGCAUUUCUGAACCUCGAAUCUCUUCCUCUGCUCUGAGCACUUUUCCUGAUAUCACGUCCUCACGUGCCACCACCUUGCCAGGCAUUGCAAAGACGGUGUUUCCCACUGAGGCGUCCAGCCCAGCCCAGGCCCUGCUACCCCAGCACCAAAGCAGCGCUCUCCGGCAUGGGGUGCACAACACAGUGUUCUCACCAGACUGCAUCUUGGGGGACCCCCCAAACAGAGAGCAGCUGAGGUGGAACUGCACCAUCUACCGGCCCUGGUUCUCCCCUUACAGCUACUUUGUAUGCAAGGACAAAGAGAGCCAUCUGGAGACCUACAGCUUCCCAGAGGUGCAGCGGGACGAGGGCAGGGGGGACAACUGCCUCCCAGAGGACACGGCUGAGAGCAUCUGCUCGUCCCCUUCCUCCCCAGAGAACACCUGCCCCCAAGAGGCCACCAAGAAAUCCAGGCACGGCCUGGAUUCCACAGACUACAUCACAACCCAGGACAUCCUAAUGGCCUCCAAGUGGUACCCGGCCCAGCAGAAAGGCUACAAGUGUGCGGGCUGCUGCCGUAUGUACCCGACGCUGCACUCCCUCAAGAGCCACAUCAAGGGGGGCUUCAAGGAGGGCUUCAGCUGCAAGGUGUACUAUCGCAAGCUCAAAACCUUCUGGGGCAAGGAGCAGAAGGUCCGGCCGGGAGACAGGCUUUCCUCAGGCAGCUGCCAGGCCUUCAAGUAGGGCUGCUGGGUGGCGGCAGCUGUCUUGUUAGCGGACAACGCUUCAGGGAAACGGGGGAUGAUGCCUAUUUAUGUCUCUACAGAGAGGCCAAUAAACCAAAGUUAGUGACA